GUGUGGAUGCUCCUUGCAGCUUGUUGCUUCAAAGCAAAACAAAGCGGUCCGUGGAUCGGCCGAUUGACUUGUUCCUGAAGACAUGAGGUCCCAUUGCUAGAGGGUAGACGCAGUCCGGCCAAGAGAGGAGACUACGGGGGGCAGGCAUGGCCGUGCGCAUCAUACGUGGACUGGAAGACCUGGUGGCGUCGGGGAGCCAGCUCGUCUGGAGCCUGGCGCACGAGACACUGAGGACGUGGUACAGUCGUGGGCUGAUCCCAUGCAGGCGCCUCUUGGAAUCCUGGUUCAAGAUGGGAAAAUGCUACCAGAUGACCGAAGGUCGUGUGUGUCAGAUUCACCUCCUCGACGGCAGGAAGCUGGAGCUGCUGGUUCAGCCGAAGCUGUUGUCUCGGGAGCUGCUGGAUCUGGUGGCGUCUCACUUCAACCUGAAAGAGAAGGAAUACUUCGGCUUGUGCUUCAUAGACGACAUUGGUCAGAAUAACUGGCUCCAGCUGGAUCGUAAAGUGCUUGAUCAUGCCUUCUCCAAGACAUCGGGGCCACUGGAAAUCAAGUUUCUUGUGAGGUUUUAUAUUGUGAAGAUCACCCUAUUGAAAGAGAAUACGACCGUGGAGCUUUUCUACUUAAACGCUAAAUCUUUAGUGUUUAAUGAAACCAUUGAAGUGGAGAGCGAACAUGUUUUCAAGUUAGCCGCUUUCGCAUUGCAGGAGGCCAAAGGAGAUUAUUCCAGUGCUGAGACUACAGCAUCGGACCUAAAGCAGCUACCAGUUCUCCCCACCAGAGUACUGAGGGAGCAUCCAUCGCUUAACUACUGUGAGGAGAGAGUGAUUGAACAUUACAAGAAACUCAAGGGAGUGACCAGAGGACAAGCCAUCGUAAAAUAUCUGGCCCUGGUGGAAUCUCUGCCCACAUAUGGAGUUCAUUAUUACCCUGUGAAGGAUAAGCAAGGAAUACCAUGGUGGCUGGGAGUCAGCUAUAAAGGCAUCGGCCAGUACGAUUUGCAGGAUAAGUUGAAACCAAGAAAGUUGUUUCAGUGGAAGCAGUUGGAGAAUUUGUACUUCCGGGAGAAGAAAUUCGCAGUGGAAGUGAACGACCCGCACAGAAGAACAGUGACCAAACGGACUUUCGGACAAGCCGGCCUGGUUAUCCACUCCUGGUAUGCCAGCCACUCUCUGAUCAAAACCAUCUGGGCGAUGGCCAUCAGUCAGCACCAGUUCUACCUGGACAUGAAGCAAACCAAAUCCAACAUGACCACAACCAGAAGCUCGAGCGACAUCGCUGUGGACCUCACCGAGCUCAAUAUCCCGCGGAUCAGCAAACUCUCCAACGACCCGCUCAUCAUGGCCAGCAACGGCAGCCUCAUCUCCACUGGUUCUGCGGACUCUGAAGUCAGCGAGGAGCAGAAGAAGGAGAAGAUUGCCGAGUUAAAAAAGAAAGAAAAGGACCUUCAAGACAAACUGACACAGAAGCUUGAAGAACUAAAAAAGAUCUGCAUGAGGGAAGCUGAGAUCACAGGGAAGCUGCCUAAAGAGUAUCCCUUGGCAACAGGAGAGAAAGCCCCUCCAGUGCGUCGGCGCGUCGGGACGACUUUCAAGCUGGACGACCUGAACCUUUACGACAAGGACCCUCAUCUCAGAGACCUGGAGAGCAAGCGCGCCCUGCAGCAGAAGAUCGUAGAAGCGGCCGAGAGGCUGCUCAAAGAGGACGGCCUGGACAAAACAGUGAAGAGGAAAAGAAGAAACAACCACCUGGACUCCAAGAGGAAGCUGGAGGACAUCGAGAGAGAGAUUAAUAACUACAAGAUAGGAGCCAGGCUUGCUCCGAGAGGCUCGUUAAUCUCAGCAGAUGACGCUCAAUGUUCAGAGCUCAGCUCUCUUUCUGGCAGCCUCACUCUGGAUGAUGACGAUGAACUGGGUUCUCAGAGGGAGCGGUCUCGAUCGGUCCAGUAUUCCCCAAGGCCGCAUCACGCCGUGACUCUGGACAUCUUUCACAACAAAGACAGACAACCCUCCGCUAACGUUCCGCUCCCAGCAGGAAGUUCUAGGUUAAAUUAUGACCCAGUCCAGGAAUCGCUCCAUUACAGCCACAUUGAUGGUGUAUCAAGCAGCAACAGUCCACUCAGGCGGCCAUGUGAUGCCCGCAGCAUGCCUCCUACACCCCUCCUCACCCGCAACGCCUACAGCAGCACACAGCUCAGAUCGGAGGACGCCGCUCAGCAUUUCCACCAGAGAAGUGGGAGUUUGGAGUCUCUGUCUCAGCUCAUGAUGGAGACCAAACCGCCCGUACCGUGCAUCACCGUCUCCGCCGCUCGCCACUGCAACAGCACCGAGGUCAUCGACGACGGCUCGUCGCACACCAGCCAAUCCAGCGUGGAGUACAGCGCGCCCGGCAACCACACCCAACGGCGGCGGACGCGCGGUCGCCACAGAAACGACCUGUACGCCAACACCGGCAGCAUGCCCAACCUUGCGCAGUCGGACACCCGUUUCUACGCCUACCAGCCUCAAGGGCGACCCAACACCACGGCGUAUUACGUUACCGGCUACCCCAACCACCUGGAGCCGGAGCCUUACACCAACAGAGUUUACAUGUACGAGGACGAGCUGGAGGGUCACUACAACGUCAACCCCUCCUACCACCACUACCAUCACGCGCAGCAGGGUUACUACGGCCACGACGUCCACCCGCAGUACGGCUCGGACGUUACGGACGGCCUUUCGCACAACGUCUACGCCACGAUACGGCCGCCCAGGAACCGGCAGGUCCCCCGUGGCACCGAGCAGGUCAGCAGGAGCAUCCCGAAGGCCCUGGUGGUGGAGCACCUGAAGGGCUGGUACCAACGCAACGCGCCGCAGAAACAGGGAACGCAUCACUGCGACUACAACAGAGGCUCACAGCACAGCCUGAGCUACCAGACCAUGCCGGCGCCUUAUCCUCACAACCACAGGAACAUGUACUACUCCUCAGUGUCAUCAGCCUCCUCCUCCAGCGGGAACUGGCACAUGAGUAAUCGUGGAAUGUCAGAUUACGACGUGCCCAUGCAUGAGUCGUUCUCCUGCUCAUACAGCACAGCUCCCUACGGCCACCCGACCCACAGCAGAUCUGCCACCUCCCAGCUUUUUAGAGGCUCUUGGUUCAGUCCUGACGGCCAGAGGCGUUUUUUCCCCUCUAGUCCUUCCUCCUCCUCCACCAGCCCCCCUUCCGAUCCCUCCUUCCCCUCUUCUCCGUACUCCCCCGGCUGUUGGGUCAGACAGGUGGUCCCUGGCCCCGUGCAGCAGCAGCUCUCCAGGGGCCACAGGCUCAGUAAGGUGCCCUUUGCAGAAGGUAGCUCAUAGUAAGUAAUCUGGCCUGAGUCUCCUCUGUUGCUGUGUCCCCACGGUUUAUAUUUAAUUUCAUUUUUGCCUGUUGAUGUUCUUGAGCAAACUUUGCAUUUUUCAGAUGUUUACUCCAUGUUUGUCAUGUAUAAUAAGGUUCCUGCAUGGCUUAUUAAAAAUAUGCCCGUCAUACCAGAUGGCAUAUUUUCAUCCGGCGGUGGCCAAUUUUCAGUCGUGUUUUUUUUUUUGUUUUUUUCUGUUUGCUCUCGUCUGCAUCUUGCUGUCCUGCACACACAGACGCUCCCUGCCAACGUUCUGUCAUUCAACCGUGACCUUUGCCCUCCUUUCCCCCCAACCCCCUCCCUCUCACGCACAGAUGCCUCCCAGAAACUAGGAUGCUGGCCCCUGCGGGGCCUUUAGAGAGGUUUGCCAGUGCCACUGAAUGGGAAAAUUUACCCCAAUAAUUUUCAGUCUCAGCAGAUGAGAAAGGGUGAGAAAGAAAAAGAAUUACGGUGGCGGUGAUGUGUGGUUUCAGUCGUGCAGCAGGGACUAAAGGAGCGCUCCAAAUCACUUCCAAAGACUUCUUCUGAUUGGUUCAAGCCGGGUGUUUUUGUGGUGGCGGGAGAGCACCUGUGUGGCAGAGGGUGACCUCUGAACCUUGUGGCAUUUAAAUCUGUGCAUGUUUGUCUGUGCAUCUUUUAAUGUAAUGUGUUGUGAUACUUGACUAAUUUAAAACAGACUUUAGGAUUAACAAACCCAGAAUGAGGGAUGCACCGAUCAGAGAUACUUCCUGUGACUGAUUUUAACUUUAACGACUCUGACUGGCUGAUAACCAAUCCCAGUUUAUGUUUAAGGUGUAUAAGAAGUAAAAUAUGUUUUUCUUUUUUCCUGAAUAAAUUAAAGUUUGCAUUUACUGUUUUAUAUAAAAACAAUUCCACAGUAAUGUCCUCCAGGUUAAUCUAUUAAUCUAUUGUUCUUCUUUAACUUUACUCUCAGUCACCUCCCUGAUACUGAAAUAGCUGAGUGUUCGUUCUUCUUCCACAACUUCCUCGCCGGAAUGUCUUUUUCUUUUUUGUCACUAACACCUGUUAGCAUUUAGGCCUGGUGUCUUCACGAAUCAGCCAAUCAGGGUCAGUCGAGGGUAAAAAAAAAAAAUCAACCGAUUCCAGUCAUCGGCCGAUUUUUCUGUGCAUCUCUAUCCAAAAAUAUGCAACCUGUAUUGAUUUUUAUUUGUGAUCUCACCAAACGUGUCCGAAUGUUUUUUUGUGUGUGUGUUUCUUCCAGAUCCACCGUGGAUGUGAGUCACAUGGACUCCCAAAUGAACAACCAGACACACGGCACGGAGCCAGAAGAGCAGAUUUUCUGGCACGAAGGCUCCAAACCAGGAACUAUAGUCUAGUUCUGCAGGAUUCCUUCGUGUUGAUGAGCCGUCAUUGUGCCUUAGACUGCACUUACUAGUUUUGGUUUUGUUUUGUUUUUUUUGUCUAAAAUGGACUUGAAGAAUGAAGGAACUUAAUGGAACUAGCCGAAUGAAGUGCUGAGUUUCAGUAUUCUGCUGAAUGCUUUUUGCAAACCGAUGAAAGGGUUCUCUCUCCACUGGAGCCAACUGGAACGUCAGGGUGUUAGCGAUGGUUAUCGCCUGUGCACUGAAACCGAACCUGCUGCAGACUGAACGCUUCAGGCAGAGGGUGAUUCCAGACUAAACUUUGACAGUGUUUGCCUUCAGAGAUGCCACCUUCACACACACUCACACCGUCUCUGCUAAAAAAAAAAAUAAAGGAACCUGAGCGAAGACGAACAACUUCAACAACUGACCUGUUUUGUUUUUUGUUUUGUUAUUGAACACUGGAACCAUGAAGGAGGAGCCAAACAUCAACAUGAAGGAUUGAACUCAUUAAAAUGAGUUGUAAAAAAAACAAUAUUUUACAGAGUUUAUAACCCCAAUGAUUCAAACAACCAGCCCACUUCCUUUAGUCUUUCAAUUGAUCACCAAAAAAAAAAAAUAUGUGAGCCAAAUCUUUAUUUGUAGCACCAUGUGAGUAUUACAGGUCACCAGUUUGAGAUUACUGCCACUUCCUGUUUUGUGUUUGUUACUUGGUUUAUUUGAUCCAUGCUGGAAAUCAUGGGCCGGUGCUCGUCCGUUCUCUCUAGAGAAUGGACCUGUAUGUAAGUGUUGUUAUUGUAAAUACACUGGUUCUCUCCUUGUUUUUUUUUAAAUGCAUUUUUUUAUAUAUUUGGGGGGGAAAGCACAUGUAAUAUAUAGUGAACGAUAAUUGUUAAGCUGGUUCUUAGUUAUUUGUAUAAUUGUGCGUUUGUUUGCAAUAAAAAAAAAAAUGUAUUUGA